AUGUCGUCGACGUUCUCAUACGAUGUCAAAACUAAGAGCGAGCAGCCGCUUUUUGAAUUUGGAUCUGCAUACUGUCCGAGAGUUUCAUACCAUUUCAAUCCGAAAGUGUCAAAUUACCAUUAUGGUGUGAGGCAUCCCAUGAAGCCGUUUAGAUUAUUGCUAACAGAUCAUUUGGUUUCAUCUUAUGGUUUGCACAAGAUAAUGGAUUUGUAUGAAACCAGAGUAGCCACUAGUGAAGAGAUUGCAGAGUUUCAUACCCAGGAUUAUAUCGAUUUUUUGCACAAAGUUACACCAGAGAAUCUGAGCAAGAUGCCUAGAGGUACGCUGGAGAAAUUUAAUAUUGGAGAUGAUUGCCCAAUUUUCCAAAAUUUAUUCAAUUAUUGCAAACUAUAUGCAGGCGCAUCACUUGAUGCAGCAAGAAAGCUAAUCAAUGAUCAGUCCGAUAUAGCGAUCAACUGGUCCGGUGGUUUACAUCACGCAAAGAAGAGCAAUCCUUCGGGCUUCUGCUACGUUAACGAUAUUGUCCUAGCGAUCUUGAACUUGCUGCGAUAUCACCCCAGGGUUCUCUACAUCGAUAUUGAUCUCCAUCAUGGUGACGGAGUUCAAGAGGCUUUUUACACCACAGAUCGUGUCUAUACUGUGUCUUUUCACAAGUAUAAUGGAGAGUUUUUCCCCGGAACUGGAAAUCAUGAUGAGGUAGGUUGUGCAAAUGGUAAACAUUUUGCGAUGAACGUUCCACUCGAGGAUGGUAUUGAUGACGAUUCUUACAUCAAUCUCUUCAAAUCGAUUAUGGAUCCGCUAAUAACAUCAUAUAAACCAACGGUUAUUAUACAGCAAUGUGGGGCAGAUUCCUUGGGACACGAUAGGAUAGGUUGUUUCAAUUUGACCAUUAAAGGUCAUGGCGAAUGUGUCAAGUUCAUCAGAUCCUUUGGUAUACCGAUGCUGGUUGUUGGCGGAGGCGGAUACACUCCACGAAACGUUUCUCGUCUUUGGGCUUAUGAGACUGGUGUUCUGAAUAAUGUCCUAUUAUCUAAAGAAUUACCAGAAGAGAUACCGUUUCGCAAUUGGUUUGGUCCCGAUUAUUCUCUAUAUCCUGUACUUGAUGACCUUUACGAAAAUAUGAAUAGCAAAAAGUAUCUUGAGGAUGUACGAAUACGUUGCUUAGAGAGUAUAAGGUAUCUCCAGGGAGCACCUAGCGUGCGUAUGGAUGCUGAAAAUAUUCCGAGCACCGACAUUACAGGUCUCACUCAGGAGGAAGAUGAAGUAAUCAAGGAAUUGAAUGAAGAGGAUGAGUCAUGGAGACUUAUUCAAAUUGAAAAGGAGAACGCCAAGACGCUGUAG